AUGAAAGAAGAAUUUGCAGUUGUGGCUACUAGCAGGAGGUUAGCUUCAGAUUCUGGUGCUUUUGCAGACUGGGUGGCUUCAUCCUCUGCUGGCGACCUCUCCUUAGGCUUCAAUGCCGCCCCCACCGCCGGUGGUGGUGGCAAUACCGGCGGUGGCGGUGGUGGAAUGUGGUCCUCCUCCACAAGACAGGUUAACUAUGGCCUUCCACCUGAGAUGGGUAUGGUGGGUCUCCGAGAUGUCUUUGUUGUCGCACCGGCCUCUUCAUUCCACCACAAUAACCAACACCAAGAACCCCUUAACUUUGAUCAUUCGAUCACUCCGUCGAAUGCCAACACCGCUCUCGGCGUCGGAGUCGGCGUCAUCCCUCUUCUCACUGCAAACAUGGGUGUAGACGAGGAUGUCUUGAAUCGUAAUAGAAGUAUUGGAAUUCAGCUCUGGCAGAACCAACCGACACAACACUCCAAUUAUCUCAAGAAACCCAUGAUGCUGGAUCACUCUAAUGCAGCAAAUUUGAUGCAAAGUAGUGGCGGUGGCGGUGGUGGAAGUGGGAUUGGUGGGUCUGGGUCGGUGGCAACAUGCCAAGACUGUGGCAACCAAGCGAAGAAAGAUUGUAGCCACCGAAGGUGCAGGACUUGUUGCAAAAGUAGAGGCUUUGAUUGUGCUACACAUGUGAAAAGUACUUGGGUUCCAGCCGCUCGCCGCCGUGAACGGCAGCUCAUGACCUCUGCCGCCGCCGCAGCUGGGUCUUCUGGGUCUACUUCGGGUGCUAAGAAGCCUAGACUCAUCACUUCACAGACCACCACCACCUCACAUACUUCAACUUCUAACACUACUCCUCCAAGAAGCUAUGACACGAGUUCUAGUCACCAAGAUGCAAGUUUUAAAGACUCGUUGCCAGGCCAGAUACGAGCGCCGGCGGUGUUCAAGUGUGUUCGAGUCACCGCCGUGGACGACGGCGACGAUGAAUAUGCUUAUCAGGCGGUUGUGAAGAUCGGUGGACAUGUCUUCAAAGGGUUCUUAUAUGAUCAAGGAGUUGAAUCAAGGGAUGGGUUUCCUAAUAUUUCCGAGUUGCAUUUGGGUGGAGGUGGUGGAAACGGUGGCGGAAGAAAUGGGGCUUCGUCAUCUUCUCCGAUUCUUGACCCUUCUGAUGUCUAUGGUGCUUCCACUGCCGGAUUGAUUGGAGGUUCAAACUACGGUAACCCAAUAAACUGACAAUUCCUUUCUGAAGCCAUAGAUACAAUGGCUACGAGAGAGAAUAACAGUGUAGUAUUGUUUCUCAGCUGUAUAUCUUCUUCUUGUCCGUAGGGUUUCUGUUUAAGUCUUUUUUUUAGAAGUGUAUUUUAUUCACAAAUGCCUUCCUAGAAUCCUAGCUUCCCUUGGUUCUCACUUAUAUUUGCCUUUGAUAUUUUGCUUGGAGGCUCAUCAUAUUUUCCCACGGAAAAAAAAAAAAAAAAACUAUCUAUUCUUGUCAUUAUUAAUAAAUCUUGUUAAUAGGGUAUACAAAAUUUGAUGUAGUUUAGAAUUUUUGGCUAUAUUAUCUGCUUUUUCAUUUUCAUUUUCUUCAUGAAUUAUGCCUUUAUUUGGUCAUAUAGUUUUUUUGAUAUUACAAGUCAAAUCAACAGUCUAAAGUGUUGUUCAUCAUCAAUAAUACUGUCACAUGAGCAUAUUUUGUGGUAAUUGUCUUCCAGAUAAACACUUUUCCUCAUGAACAUUUUUGAUUUGUUGCCUACAUAGUCUUCCCCUAUUUACUGUCAGAUAAAAAGAAAAUCAAUGUACUUUGUUUAUUAUUUUCUUCCAACUAGUACCAAAGAUUGAUUAUAUCAAGUUCCCAAAAUUGCAAUGCACCAGUCCAAACACUUCACUUCAUUUUGUUUGGUUUGGAUGCUUAGUUUGGUUCAUCGUCAACCGGAAGCUAAUGGGGGAGUUCCUCAUUACACUUUAUUGAUAGUUGUUGGAAUGUCACCAUCAUUUAUUUCUGAAGGAGGAAGGACAUUUCAUGGAUAUCUUUUCCAGAGAUCUUUACUUUCUCAUUACAUUUCUGCAAUCUAUUGAAUUCAUAGCACUUUGGUGGUUUUAAUUUUGCUAUGGUGGAAUUUGGGGUUGUGUUUACCUUACAAAUUUCAGCAAUAAGGUUGUCUUGAGCCCAUAAUGUGGUUCUAUUUCACCCACUUCUGCUCACCACCUUCGGUUUGCUUGAAAUAUUGGUGAUAAGUAGUUGGGACAACACUAUUAUCAUGCAUUCAAGGCGGGAUGGAUAAAAGAUCUUCCUAUUUUAUGCUAUUCAAUUAUGACGAUGAAUUAAUUUGAAAGCACAAUGUUUUAGUGAACAGUCUUACUAAUUUUGGUAUGUCCACUUUCCUGAUGUAUUGUGACAUUUAUUCUGUAGUUGCAUGACAGUUUAUUUGGCAUUGUGUUUGUAGUUGAAUAUUCAUUUGUUUUUGCCUCAUUCCAGGUUUAUAUUCAAGUGGUGAAUAAGGACUAUGCAAUGUCUGGAAUAUUUGCACCGACUAUUGUUGUCAGUGCGUGGCCUAUGCAUACCUGCUCACCAGGUUUGCUGGUCGGGAUGUUUGUUUGGCUUGUGUAACGAAGAUAAUGUUGAGUUAGUGUCAACCAACUUUUAGGCUACAAUAUUUUGAAAAAAAUGUUGACCAACAUGGAUUAAAUAAUGUUAUUCUAUUGUUCAGUGCAGCUUUGCUUUUUUAAGUAUUCCUAUGCAUGCCAACCCCUUUAGGAUGUAAUGUUGUCUUAAGAAUACUGCCAAUUUUGGUGUAUAUUCUGCACACAAUGUCAUCAUGUUGGUAGACAUAUAUAAACUAGAACCACAAUAGUUUUUAGAAUUUUUCUGUAUUCUUUUGUUAUGAGACAAGUCCAACUGUUACUUUUCUUGCUGCUUAA